AUGGGCGCCUAUCUCUAUGGGCGCCUAUCUCUAGGGGCGCCUAUCUCUAUGGGCGCCCACUCUAUGGGCGCCUAUCUCUAUGGGCGCCUCGCGCCUAUCUAUAGAGGCGCCUAUCUCUGGGCGCCUAUCUCUAGGGGCGCCUACCUUUAUGGGCGCCAAUCUCUAGGGGCGCCUAUCUCUAUGGGCGCCUAUCUCUAUGGGCGCCUAUCUCUAUGGGCGCUUAUCUCUUUGGGCGCCUAUCUCUAUGGGCUCCUAUCUCUAUGGGCGCCUAUCUCUAGGGGCGACUAUCUCUGGGGCGCCUAUCUCUAUGGGCGCCUAUCUCUAUGGGCGCCUAUCUCUAUGGGCGCCUAUCUCUAUGGGUGCCUAUCUCUUUGGGCGCCUAUCUCUUUGGGCGCCUAUCUCUAUGGGCGCCUAUCUCUAUGGGCGCCUAUCUCUAUGGGCGCCUAUCUCUAUGGGCGCCUAUCUCUAGGGGCGCCUAUCUCUAGGGGCGCCUAUCUCUAUGGGCGCCUAUCUCUAUGGGCGCCUAUCUCUAGGGGCGCCUAUCUCUUUGGGCGCCUAUCUCUAUGGGCGCCUAUCUCUAUGGGCGCCUAUCUCUAUGGGCGCCUAUCUCUAUGGGCGCCUAUCUCUAUGGGCGCCUAUCUCUAUGGGCGCCUAUCUCUAUGGGCGCCUAUCUCUAUGGGCGCCUAUCUCUAG